CGGCAGGGCUCGGCAGGGCGCGAUGGAGAGCGGCGGGUGCCGCAUGAGCGGGGCCGAGCCGACAGCCAUGAUCACGCUGGAGGAGCUGGGCGGGCUGGCGGAGGAGGGCCCGGACUCUGCCUACCACAGCAACGGCAGCAGCCUGGAGGAGGAAGCCGAGCGCAUGGAGGACGAGGAGCAGGAGCGGCUGCUGAGCUACUGGCAGAACGUGGGCAGAGGGCACCAGGUGGACGUGCCUCGGGACAUGGCAGAGCCCAUCCAGCAGCUGACUAGAAACAACAGUCCCCAAGAGCGACAAACCAUCCCCUUCACUCUGAUCCAGCGCAAAGAAAAGCUGGGAGAUCUGCUGUAUGAGAAGCGUCAGUAUGGGAAAGCCAAAUGGGCUUGCAUAAAGAUGAAGGAGAAACAGUAUGAGCAGAGUAUCUGCCUAGGCUUCAUGAAGCUCAUGAGGUACAUCUGUGAGCAGAACUCCUCUGGCCUGUACUUGGGAAUAACCAUUCCCAUUGUGACCAUCGUGCACACAAAUGAAUCUCAGUCAGAGAUGACUCAGUCAGUGACAGUAGCCUACUACCUGCCUGAAGUGCUGCAGGACGAGCCACCUCAUCCUUUUGACUCUGACAUCAUCAUCGAAGAAUGGCCUUCUACUAUUGUUUAUAGCAGGAGCUUCAGAGGAAUCACCAAUGAAGACUCCAUCAUGAGAGAAAUCAACCUGCUGGCAGCGAUCCUGGAGAGCCCUGAGCUGUGUCUGCAGGACACAUUCAUUAUCGCAGGAUACACAAACCCAGCCGCCGCCAACCGACACAACGAGAUCUGGUUCCUCCAGAGACCAUGACCCCCCUGCUCCUGCUGCUUGGCAGCCACACCAACCAGCUCUGCUUUGCUGGCAGAGCCCCACAGGUGAAUCACACCAGCCUACAUAGCAAACCCUCCAAGAUGUUAGCAAUGUGGCUUUGAGCCAGGAGGUGGCUCCAAGUUCAGUGUCCAACAACUCGUACAGGUUCCUACCGUGACUCUGACAGUUUGUACACAGUUUUUAUAGAGAUUUUUAGCACUUUAGAAUUUAGGUCGCCUUUUCUUUUGUUUUUACAAGAUAAGGGAGACAGAAACCUCUCUCCUCAUCCAUUUCUUGGCAUCUCUAGACCGCCUGGAGCUUGGGGAAGUGGUAGGGGUAACCCUGCUGCCCCUAUCCUGGCCUGCUCUGGGUACCCGGUGCUGCCCCAACCGCAGAAAGACCCUGUUGGGGCUUUCAGCAGGACACCCACAUUGAAACCACCUCCCACAUGCAGGCUAGGCUUCAGAAAAUGAAUGGCCAGGUCUUCAUUUGUGAAGAGAACUACCAGAUUUAGUCCACUGGGAUUAACCCAAGGAGCAAGAGCAGGCCAGCGCUGACUGCUUUCAAUGCCCAUCAUCUGUGGAGCGGAGAUUCUUUAUGCUUACCUCAAAAAGCAUUCAACCAAAGUUCUUCUCAGCUUGAGAAGAGACCAAGCAGGCAGAGCAGCCCUGAUGCUUGUUGAAGUUUUGAUAGCAGAGGAUACAGGUCACCUUAACCACACUGACAGCAAUCCCAUCACUGAACUGGGCAUUCCUAAGCAGAAAGUGGCUGCUCUUAACCAUUUAGUUCACUGAACGUUCUUCUCGCAGCUUUGCCAGAUGUCAAAAGCUGCAGCUGAAGGAAUUUAUUAGCACUUUUUAGACCCUUCUGACAGUACUCUCCUAUUCAUGUCAUAAAUGAUAUAAAUAUUUCACUGAAACAGGAAGAAGACCCACAACAAAUCAUCUAGAAGAGAGCCUGAGCAGGCUGCUCAAGGCCUCCCACAGUUGCAUUUUGAGCAUCUCCAGGGAUGAGGAGCCCAUGACCCCUCUAGGACCUCUUCUAAUCUUUGACCACCCUCACUGUGAGAAUUUUUCUUCCCACAAUCUCAUUUUCCCUGUUGCAGUUUGUUUCUUCUACCCUCCAGACAAAUAAGUAGACAACUGCUAGUCUAGGAGGCUAUGACUGAAAGAGAAGCCGGCAGAGAAGCUCUGAAUUAGCCCAUGCUUGGCUGCUCACCAAUUCAAGAGCACCUACUGCAAUUUCCAACUGGGGUAGCACACAGGUUUGCUCUCAAAGCCCUUCUUGAAGGCCUCUUACAGAUAUGAAAGUAAGAAUUAAUGGCAGAAAAUGUAUUUUUAUAUAAAGCAUAUCACCAGCAUUAUUUAUUGAUUACAGGAUUUAGGCUUUAAAUAGACUCAUAGAAUGGUUUGGGUAGGAAGGGAUCUUUAAAGGUCACCCAGUUCCAACCCCAAAAUAUGCACAAAGCCAGAGCUUUUUGUGGUGUUCAGAUACAAACCAGCAACCACAGCCAGAGUCUGCUGGCUUACACUACAGCUAAUUGGCUAACCAAAUGAAUUUGUGGAGCACCUCUGACUAAGUAAAGUGCAAGUCUCCUGAACUUAAAGCCUCCUGGUUUCCACGACGCUUCCUGCUGGGCAACACUGCCCUGCUGCUCAGUCUCUUGCCGAGGAGCACCAUCAGAGGGCACCAGCUGGUCCUGCUGAGUGGAACCAAGGUGCCCUCCGGUGGUGGCUGCCUGCAGGGAUUCCAGGAGAGACGACUAGAAAAGGGAAGGAAGUAAAAUACAUAAAACAGAGAGAAAAGCUUGUGGGGAGGCAAAACAAAACAAAACCAAGCAACCAAAAAAUCCCAAUUCUCACAUUCUUCUUCUGAAUCAAAGAAUCACAACAUGGUGGGGGUUGGAAGGGACCUCUGGGGAUGGAGCCCAACUCCCUUACCAAAGCAGGGUCACCUACAGGAACACAUCCAGGGGGGUUUUGAAUGCCUCCAGAGACGGAGAUUCCACCACCACUGUGGGCACCCUGUUCCAGUGCUGUCACCUCAAAGCAAAGAAGUUCCUCCUCACGUUUAGAUGGAACUUCCUAUGUUCCAGUUUGUGCCCCUCACCCUGGCACUGGGCACCACUGGUCCCAUCCUCCUGGCACCCACCCUGUAACUGUUGAUCAGCAUUGAUAAGAUCACUCCUCGGUUUGCUUUUUUCCAGACUGAAGGGCCCCAAAUCUUUCAGUCUUCCCUCAUGAGAUAUGGCAAUCUCCCCAGCAUCUUUGUAGUCCUACUAUCCUGAGCUGGUCAAAUAAUCUGCCACAAGCCCUAUGAGAAGAGGCUGAGGGAGCUGGGGCUGUGCAGCCUGGAGAAGAGGUGGCUCAGGGCAGACCUCAAUGCUCUCUACAACUACCUGAAGGGAGGUUGUAGCCAAGUGGGGGUUGGUCUCUUCUGUCAGGCAACCAGCUACAGAACAAGGGGACACAGCCUCAAGCUGUGCCAGGGCAGGUCUAGGCGGGACAUUAGGAGGAAGUUGUUGCCAGAGAGUGACUGCCAUUGGAAUGGGCUGCCCGGGGAGGUGGUGGAGUUGCUAUCCCUGGAGGUGUUCAAGCAAAGCCUGGAUGGGGCACUUAGUGCCAUGGUCUGGUUGAUUGGCUGGGUGCUAGGUUGGGCUGAAUGAGCUUGGAAGUCUCUUCCAACCUGAUUGAUUCUAUGAUUCUAUGCACAGACAACUUAAUUGGUUGUUAAACUGGGAGACAGGAAUCUCAGAGACUGUGGGUUGGGAGCUCUCAUUCCAACCAGAAAGCCAUCAAACCUGGUUUGUGCCAGACAACAGCACAGCAGCCAUAUCUAGGAACCACUUUGAUGUGCCAACCUAAAUAUACAGCUAAGUAUUCAACAGAGGAGAUGAGGAACAUACCUAAUCGUGUCUUAUGUUCCUCUUUAUUUGGUCAAGAUGCAGGAUCACAGUCAGAAGGAAAAAAAAUAAUCCAUAUAUUAUUUCCUGCCUGAUUUGUAUUCAUCUUGCUUUAUUUACUGGCUAGGAAUGGCAGGCAGCAUUAAAGUUAAUAAAUUAACAGAAAACAAUCUAAAAGAGGUUUAAGAAAAACAAAGUUGAGGAACCAGGGAAGCAUCAGGCUUGGUUUUGUCCUCAAUCUCCCUCAAGAUUUUUAUAAGCACAAAAAGAAUCAUAGAAUGCAUCACAUUGGAAGAGGCUCUCGGAGGUCAUCUUGUCCUACCCUGCUGCAGUGAGCAGAGACAUCUCCAGCUAGAUCAGGUUGCUCAGGGUCCCAUCAAGCCUGAUUUGAACAUCUCCAGGGAUGGGACUUCUACCACACCUAGUGCCCAGUUAGUGGUCAUGGAGAUGUUGCAUAGAAGUUUGGACUUUAUGAUCUUAGAGGUCUUUUUCCAACCUUACUGAUUCUAUCUCUGGGCAAGCUGUUUCAGAAUUUCACUACCCUCAUUAGGAACUUUCUCCUAAUGUCCAGCUGUCACCUUUGAUAAGACCUUAAGACUAAUCAAGGAUGUCCCUGCAAUUUGAUUGCUUUUGCCACUCAGAGAAAGUAUUGCAACACUUGGGCAACAACAACAGCAGCCCAGCAGUUCUUGAAGCACUUAAAUCCCUGCACCAGAAAGUCCCACUUAGUACAUACUCCAUGUUCUAAACCUCUGCUACAUCUGAUGUCUCCAACUUUAACCUAAAUCCUUCUGUGCUCCAGUUGCUUGUGGGUAUGUUAGAGAACCAUGCUUGUUACUGAAGUAUAACAGUGAGGUAUUUAUCUGAGUGUGCUGAUUAACUGCAGCAGUGUGUUUAGUGUUGUUUCAUGUCAAACUGUGAAUUCCAGGAUAGUAUUUAUUUUGACUUCUGGUAGAUGGCUUCUGCUGCUGAGAAGCAAGAGUUUGAAGAUACACUCUAUGGCUAUGGAAUGUUGUACCAGCUUUUGUAAAUGGCCCUCAAAGCACGGGCUUGAAUAAUGGUGGUUUGGCACAGACACACAAUAAAGAUUACUCAUGGAUUCACAGAAUGGUUUGGGUUGGAAGAGACCUUAAAGACCAUCUAGUUCCAACCCCUUGCCGUGGGCAGGGACAUCUCCCACUAGACUUAAGGUCUUACCCAACCUAGCAUUGAACACCAACAGUGAGGGGUUAUCCACAGUCUCCCUGGGUAACCAGUGUCUCACCACCCUCACUUGACUCAAAUUACAGCAGGGAAUGCCAAGGAAACAUUAAAACUACUCAAAGAUAGAAUUUCAAAAAGCUUGAAAUGAUCACCUGAAGACUACAUUCUGUUCUCAGAGCUGGAUAUUUCACUAUCCAGCUCUUCCCCUGCUUUGUAAGCCACUAACUCCUGGCUUUUAAUUUUUAGUUUGAAGUGAUUUGAUACCCACCACCCAAAGGAGACAAGAAAUCACAACUCACCCCUAUUGAACAGAAUAACAGCAUGAUAGGGGUUGGGAGGGAUCUCUAGAGAUCAUCCAGUCUAAACCCACUGCUAAAGCAGGGUCACCUACAGAAGUUUGCCCACAGGAUCAUAACGUCCAGGUGGGUUUGGAAUCUCUCCAAAGAAGGAGACCCCACAACCUCCCUGGGCAGCCUGCUGCAGGCCUCUACAGCCUCAGCAGAUCAGUGCUGUUCUGCAUACUGUGUAUUUUUCAAGCCAGCAUUAGUGCCUACAAAGUUGAUUCCAGCAAUUGUGAUACUCAGGCCUUUGCUUAUUGUAUGGACAGACACACCUGCACCGUGCUGUUUGACUGUCCCUCAGAUGCUACCUUGUUCAGUGUUGCCAUCUAUCUGUCAGAAUUAAAGACCUGAUUUUAUUGUGUGGAGUG